GAUUGGGUGGUUCUGAGGAGAGACAAAGGCGACGGCGUUCAGACGUAGUUGAGGAGCCAUUAAUUGUUUUGCAUUUCACCAAACUGCAAUUGGGGUGCAGGUGGUGGUUGUAUGAAAGAAUCGUUUCUGCGCUGUUCGAGAGAUGAUCGGCCCGGCGCUUCGGAACCGCAACUUCAGAUCUUCAAACUUGACUCCGGCAUUGACUUGCAUUGCAACGUACUUUCCUUUCUCCUUCUUUGUUCUUCGCCCACGAACUUCGAGGAGCUAAUAUUCACUAACUAGGUUAUAGAUUAUUCUGAAAAUAGACAAUGGCUUCAAAGGCAAAGAAAGUUUUAAUGCUUCAUGGAUACGCCCAAAGUGCUGCUAUCCUGAGCAAACGACUGGGUGCCGUGCGCAAAGCAUGCGGCAAAGACAUAGAUUUUGUAUUCCUUGACGCUCCGCAUGUGUUAUCACCUGCAGACAUGGCAUCAACAUUCAAUUCGCCGCAAGAGCUCGGCGCAGCCGAAGCAUCCGAAAACGACCCAGCUCUUCUUCCUCGUGCAUGGUGGCACGUAGACUCAGAGCGAAAGCGUACGGAUGGUCUCGAAGCGACUCUCGUCUAUCUAAGAGACGUUCUAAAGAAAGAUCACUAUGAGGGUGUAUUUGGUUUCAGUCAGGGAGCGUCCAUGGCGGCACUCCUUGCAGCACUCCUGGAGAGGCCUCAAGUAUUCCCUGAUUUCCUCGUAGACGGACAGCCGCCACAUCCACCUUUGACGUUCUGUGUUGCUGUCGCUGGAUUCAAACCUAUCGGUCCUCUUAGCGAAGCCAUUUUCCAGUCAUCCUAUUCGACACCAACCCUUCACGUUCUGGGUCGAAUGGAUGUGAUCGUGGUGGAAGAGCGGGCCAAGACUCUAUUAGACGUAUCAGCGAACAAGCGAGUCGAGUGGCAUGACGGAGGACACUUUGUACCAUCGAAGGCUAACUGGCGGGCAUUCUUCCGAGAUUACCUUCGGAAUCCGACCGGGGACGUGCCUUCGCCAGGUCCCGCUAGUAAUUCGCAACCUCCCUCUGGAGUUGCAACUCCCGUUACCCUCGCGUACUGAGCAAGGGAUCUUCAUAGACUGUUACAUUGCAUCUAGAAAUUCCGUGUAUAUUCAAUGUUACUAACCAAAUAGACAGGAGCGAUAGGCCUGCACUGCGAAGGAUACAAUCUAAUUGGUGAACAACAAAUCCUAG